AUGUACUUCGGUGCCAACGUUGGGUAUGCUAGCUUGCCUGUCUACUUGCCGACUAUCCUAAAGGCCAUGGGAUACCGCAGUAUCAACGCACAGGGUCUCAGUGCACCCUCCUAUUUCAUCGCCUUCCUCUUCGCUCUGAUCACUACAUACGUUGCCGAUGGAACCCAGCGGCAUGGCCUGAUGCUUAUUGCAACCUCACUGGUGGCAUUGGCUACAUCGUCCUAG